CACCGGAUGGGUUUGAUUUCGAUAUUAUAGAUAUCAUAAGGAUAAAACGCUUUAUUUUAAUACAUUGCCUAUUUUAAGCACCUUCUACCUAUUAAACAUUUUAAUUCAGGUAUUUGAAGCAUAUUGGCUAUUCUGUUUCUUGAGAAUGAAGAGGACUCCAGAGAUCAACAGCAUGUGCUAGCAUGAAUAAGAAAAUGACUGAACACACAUACUCUUUUGACAGGCAUCACUCAACAUCUCCAGCUGGGGAAACUACAUCAGACACUAAUGUCAUACUUGUCCCACAGCUGGAAACGGCUUUCAGCAGAGCAGCCAGGAUCAUCCAGCGAGCAUGGAGGGCACAUGUUGAUACUGCUGUUUUCAAGCACCUCAAGAAACUAGUGAGCUUUCAUAAUCAAGGGGAUCCACGUCUCCUUCUUAGAUUUAUUAACCCUGCAGAGGCUAAUAUUCUGGAUGCUGCUUCAGGGGCACUUAUCCGAUUCAGACUGGGUGGGCCAACCUAUCCUCCAAACAUCUACUUUAAAAUAUACACUCGUGCACCCAUAGUGGACAUGUGUGCCUCCAGUCCUAAAGAUUACACACAGCUAAAGAAACCUGCUCCAAGCCAGAUUCAUAAUGGCCGACUGAUGAUCAAUGACAGGGAUGAUCACUCUGGGUGGUACCAGCGGGUAGAGAACAAUGGCUGGAGGAUUUUGUCUUGCAAGAUUUCUGUGUUUGAAGACCCAAUAACUCAAGAUACCAAUGUUAAGAAGAUACAGUUCCAUCACUGCAAAAUCCGUCGGCGACAAGAUGUUGCAAGAAAAAAGAAGAUUCGGAAAAUUGAAUGGAUGAGAAAAAUGUAUGCUGAGGGUCUCCUGCAAUCUCAUACAGAACACAGCGAAACAGCUCUGCUGGUGCAAAAAUCCACAGAGUUGAUGGAUUCCUUUGAACAGAUUGGACCAGAUUCAGUUUCUGAGCAGGACGUAGAUGAGCUGCUCGAAUGGACCAAAGCUCUCAAUUUUGAUGAGUAUAUCAAUGAAUGGAGGAAUUUGGGUACCAGCAAAUGCUGCAUAUUUAUCAGAGAUAGGCUGUCGGAGAGUGACCAGAAGGACUUUGCCUGUCUCUCUGUGCGUGAUAUUUGUGAGAUUCCUCAGAUCAGUCAGGAUCCAGUGGUGAGCCAACAUCUGGAUCACAUCUGAGGGUGGAAUUGUAUCAUGCAGCUCUAAUAAUAUAUUGCACAUCUGAUUUGCUUUAUUAAUUUGAAUAAA